CAUUUAAUGAGACCCAUUUAAGGUAUUUAUAUUCUGUAGGAAAGGGACGAGGCCAAUGGAACUCAGUGACAUGCUUGGAAAUAUGCAUUAUGGUGAUAUUAUUAUAGGAAAUUGGGCUGCACAUAAUCGGGUAGUUAAUAUUUUCUGAAAGGAUUUUAAAUCACAUCUAACAGGAUCUAUUUGUCUAACUUUUGGAUAAGGCUCACUGGCAUCUCAGGAUGCAAAAGAUGGAUGGUGUUUCCCUCAAACCAGCGACUCUCCUAGCAAAAUGAUAAAGAAUAGAUAAGAGUCUGAGAUGACCUCCCUUUAAAACUGCUUCGUUAGGCACAUUUUCUUCCAAUUUGUGCCUACUGAACCAGACCAGGUGUCAUGACCUUUAAGUUAAACUGUAUUCUGGGAACCCUUGCGCUCCCUUAUAUACCUACGAGUAUGAUCUUUCCACCAGCAUAAUAGUUUUAUAAUGACCCCUGUCGGGGGAGGUUCCUUGUUCCUUGUCAAUCAUUGGCUUAUUGGUGAAAUCAGCAGUCAGACUCUUCUUUAAAUAAAUCAAACCUUCAAUAAUGCAAUUGCAGAGAGACUUUAACAAUGGAAGCACAGCAUGCAUGUUUCACAGUAAGUUCUGCAACCAAAAAGGGCGCAGCUGAUUAUAUACUUUGAUCACUUCCCUGAUGGUGUGAUCAUCUACUUCAGGGUAUAUGUGCUGCAAUAAGCUGAGGUAACCUAGUACAGUACAUUUUCUUAAUUCAUUAGCAUUGACCACUUUACACAAGAUCAAAAUGAGACACUUGUUACUUCUAUCUAGUUUCGGUCUGACUCACACCCAGCCUGCAGGUUAAGGGCUUAACCGCAAAGAUGAAAAUAGAUAGCUUGUGCAAGGUAUAGUGUCAGACACAUAGCAACAGUACAAUAGUGAGACAAGCAUAUGAAUCUUAAGGUCCCCUUAAUCAAUAAUGGGGAGGGUCUUUGGGACCCUACACCCCAUAAUCCCUGGGCUGUUGGUGUCCUCACUCAGUGCCAUCUGCCUACAGAGCUCCAUAAGAGAACACACUGCACACCCACACACUCUCUCCACAUUGUUGGCACCGGAAGAUGGUUUGCAUGACUGCAAACAAUAAAAUCCCCGGUCAAAUGUAGGAGAUGCCUAGACAACACUAUCAAUAUUGACUAUUUUCAGAGAGGAGCAAAGCAGCACACAGACAGUCUCUCCUGUUAAAAGCGUAUCGUUUGACCCAUGGCAAACUUCACUACUACAGAAGAUGACUGCUGCGCCUUUGAGUCUCCCAUCCUGGUGCUGGAGUUCAUGUUUGGGCUGAUGGGGAAUGUUAUGGCUCUGUGGAUGUUUAUUUUCCACAUGGACACCUGGAAGCCCAACUCUGUCUACCUCACACAGCUGGCCGUUGCCGACUCCAUCGUCCUGUUCUGGCUUCCAUUCAGAGCCGACUACUACCGACGCGGGGAGCACUGGAUCCAUGGUGAUGCCAUGUGCCGGAUUAUGCUGUUCAUGUUGACGGCCAACCGCGGCGCUGGCAUCUUCUUCCUCACUGCAGUGGCUGUCGACCGUUACCUCAAGAUCGUUCACCCCAUGAACAAGAUCAACCGGAUGGGCCUGAAUUAUGCUCUGUGGGUGUCUCUGGGCCUGUGGGGGAUGAUCAUCGCUGCAACCGGGUACCUGCUGACCAACGAACACUUAUUCUACCGCAACAACCAGACACAGUGCGAGAGCUUCAACAUCUGCAUGGGCUUCAGCCCGCUGUCUACGUGGCACAACACCUUAUACGUGACCCAGUUCUUCUUGCCCACUGCCAUUGUCACCUUCUGCACGGUCUGCAUCACCUGGCAGCUGAAGAACAAGACGAUCGACACCGGGGGGAAGAUCAAACGUGCGGUGCAGUUUGUCAUGGCCGUGGCACUCAUCUUCAUAAUUUGCUUCUUCCCCAGUACAGUGUCUCGGAUCGCUGUGUGGAUCCUCAAGGCCUGGUACAACGAGUGCCAUUAUUUCAAAGAGGCCAGUUUGGCGUUCUACACUUCUGUGUGUUUCACCUACUUCAACAGCGUGCUGAACCCCAUCGUGUACUACUUCUCCAGCUCUGCCUUCAGUGGGAACUUCCAGAAGCUGUUCAAUAGACUGCUGGGGAGGAAAGAGGAGGAGGUACGGCCAACCUCGCCUGAGACUGGGACCGAGAUCAGCAGUGCAAAUACAGUGUCAGGGAGGAGUAGUAACUUCCAAUCACUGGUCCAGGGUGAGGGCCUAUACUCGCAAAGCGUCUCAGACUUAUUCAUUGUGAUGUAAAAUACAAAACUGAUCCUAGAUCAGCAGUCCUAGGCUUACUCUGAGACGCUUUUAUGAAAAGGUACCCAGGAGAACAAAAUAUCUGACUUUGUGUGAUUUUUCUUCUUCUACUCUAGUGGAAUAUGGUGUGUUCUAAAGAAUAUUAACCAGAUGUGAAGGAAGUCAAGGAAGGUGGAGAUAGUUGUCUGUUAGAUGCAAAUCUUAACAUUUUUAUGUUAUGUUGAUGUUCUGUAGCUAAAAGUAGAAAUUCAUUAAUUGGUUCGCUCAAUUAAGAUUUUGUUUGCAGUAUAACAGUGGAAUCUUUCAUGUAAUAUUUCAUAUUUACAAUACUUUGUCUUUGAGUUUUGUGUAUUUGCUGGUGAUUCAAGUAAAUUCCUUGUGAACUAGAAAAGUACAUUUCCUAAAGAAAAUAUGUGUGCUUGCUAGCUUGUCUUAAAGUAUUUUUGGUUGUGAAAUAAGUUAUAGUAGUUAUAGUGACUGCAGUAGCAAUGAUAGUGACUGCUUAUAGUUGAAAAAGUAGGUAGAUUUGAUUUGAUUAUUUGAUAGAAUAGGAUAGCCUGAACAUGUCAAGUUGGUUCAGUGUCUCUAGCUUGAACAGUUCAAGAGUUACUAUUAGUGUUGGUGUUUUUUUUAUACUAAUGUUACCACUGUAUUACUAUGUUUCUCAUUCAAAACCAUGUUAAUUUAUGCAUAUUUUUUAUUGUUAUAGUUCAAAAAGUAUAGAUAGGUGGAAAGAUUGUUUUGAUUGAUAACAUGAGAAAGUUAAUUUAGUGUCUCUAGCUUUAACAGAAAGUUAAUUUUGUGUCUCUAGCUUUAACAGUUCAAGAGUAAAUAUUACUGUUAGUGGGUUAUUUUAUGAUAAUGAUAAAUGAUUUACAUAGUUAUAAUGUAUAAAGUAAAAAAAUGUUAGUUGUUUCAAUGUUUGUAGCUGAAAUGGUGAAAGAGCAGUAGCAUUUAAAAUGUCUACCACUGUGUUGUUGUUUGACUUUAAAAACAUGACAGUUUAUGCAAAUGUAUGCUAAUUAAAAUAAAUUAUAUUUGAUAAAAGUUUUAGAGAGCAGUGUCGGGAGAAAUGGUAAUGCAUAUUAAGAUGGUUUCUGUGGAGGUUGAAUUGCUAAAAGGCUCAUGGUUUUUGACAUUUUUUGUGCUCUUUGAAACCAGCAACUGACGGUAAAAACAGACUUCUCAAAAGAAGUGGAAACAUUCAUAGCCAAUUGGCACUACAUCAAUAAACACAUAGUUUUGCGGGAGAAAAUAGAAUGUCUACGUUGCACAGUAAUAUUGCUCUCUCACAUAUCUCAUGGUUUAUUUUAAGGAUGAGGAGACUACGAUUCCUUAGUAUAAGGGAGUCAUGAAAUCUGAAGACACGUUACAUUAGCCAAGACACAUUACAGCAAUCAUAUUCACUG